UCCAAUGCUUGUUUGCAAGUAUCACCAACAGAAAAUAUCCAUGAGUCUACUUCAGAAAUCUGGUGGAGCUAGAGCUAAGCUGAUCUGUGAUAAGGUUGCUUUUCUGCUGUGCAGACACACUACUCAUUUGCUUUAUGGCAAGAUGCAUAUCCAUGCUGGCACAAAGGAGAUGGUAAGAAACGAGGUGAAAACCCCUUCUUGCAGUGACAUCUCACUGUUGGGUGGACAUCAGGGUGCAUCAUCAGACAGUAGUUUCCAUAUUCUUUGAGAAGUCGUGGAGACUGGGGAAGUCCCAGAUGACUGGAAGAAGGCUGACGUCACCCCCAUCUAAAAGAAGGGUUCAAAGGAGGACCCAGGGAGAAACUCACCUGGUUUUCCCUAAGGAAGCUUCGAUUGAGCAGCUGCGUAGAAUCAGAGACUUAAUUGCUGGAGAGAGGAGUAGCAGAUUGAAUGAGUCAAAUCAAAUCCAUGGAUCAGGAUCCUCUGAAACUGUGGCCAGCACUCAGACAGAUGCACACCUUCCUUCAAGACGUGCUGACUCUGUUCCUGCACCUGCCCGUCAGCAACCAGAAACAUCACUUGUGCGAUCUCUUGAAAUGGCUGUGGAUAUCUUACAAACACUUCAAACAAAACUUGAGCAUCUUGUAUUGAUGUAUGAGAAUCCUUCUAUUCAGCAGAAAGCACUAGCUUCAAUUCCCCUUCAGCAAUUGAAAGGAAAGGCUCAGAAAAAGCUAGCACAAGCUACAGGACUGGACAAAGGUGCACAUGUGAAUGAAGAGGACUUCUUGUUGUUGGAGCUCUUGGACUGGUUUAAGAAUGACUUUUUUCGCUGGGUAAAUAAUCUUCCUUGCAGCAGGUGUGGUGGGCAGACAGAGCCUAAAAGUGACUAUCUGUCGCCUACCAAUGAUGAUCUAAGGUGGAAUGCCAGUCGGGUGGAAAAUCAUUACUGCAACCAGUGUCAGUUCUGUAAUAGAUUCCCAAGAUAUAAUAAUCCCGAAAAACUUCUGGAAACCAGAUGUGGACGCUGUGGCGAGUGGGCUAACUGUUUUACGCUGUGUUGCAGAGCUGUAGGUUUUGAAGCUAGAUAUGUCUGGGACUCUACAGAUCAUGUGUGGACUGAAGUAUAUUCUUCAUCUCAGAAAAGAUGGCUUCACUGUGAUCCCUGUGAAAAUGUCUGUGAUAAACCUCUUCUCUAUGAAACUGGGUGGGGAAAAAAGCUCUCCUACAUAUUUGCAGUCUCCAAAGAUGAGGUUGUUGAUGUCACCUGGAGAUACAGCUAUAAGCAUGAAGAAGUGCUCUCCAGAAGGACAGCACUCAGUGAAGCGACACUACGUGAAACAAUUAACACGCUAAAUAGAAAGAAGCAACGAUCUUUGUCAGAAAAUAGAAAAAGAGAGCUCUUGGAAAGAACAAUUGUGGAGCUUGUUGAAUUUAUUUCUCCUAAAACACCUAAACCUGGAGAAUAUGGUGGAAGGACAUCAGGUUCAAUGGCUUGGCGAAUAGCCAGAGGUGAAAUUGGUCCAGAGAAAAGAAAGGAAGUUAUUUUUAUUCCCUCUGGAAAAGAGAAGGCAUCUAAACUCUUUCACCUCAUCUACAACAUAGUAGAAGACAGUUACACACGGGUUUCCAAUAAUAAUGAAAAAAUCACUGGCUGGGAAGCAGGUGUUUGGAAGGCAGAGUCUAUUUGGAGAAAGGUUGAAACAGAUUGGAAAAUGGUUUAUUUAGCCCGAAAAGAGGGGUCAUCCUCUGCUUCCAUCAGCUGGAAGUUUGAGUGCAAGUCAGUCGGUCUAAAAAUAGAUGACAUUUCAGUUAGGACAAGCAGUCAGACAUUUCACAGCGGAAGAAUAAAGUGGAGACUUUGCUCUCCAAUAGCAGAAAUUGAUCUGAUAGGAGAUAAGAACCUUUGCUCCUAUUCCAAUUUUUCUGGUGCAACAGAAGUUACGCUGGAAGCAAUUCUUAAUGGAGGGGAUGGCGAAGUGGCAUGGCAACACACACAGCUGUUUAGAGACAGCUUAACAGGAUGUGGAGAAAAUUGCUUGGAGAUAAUUAUAAAACUCAGUGACCUCUGAGAACCUGAAAUGAACAGAUGUUCUUUGGAUUCCUUGAAGAUGUUAUACCAUGGGUACAACACGGAGAUUUGGUUGGCAGUUCCUGUUCAUCCGGCUGGCAGCUAAUUUCCAGUUUCACUGCUUCCAUUUAGCCAACUUCAAACUGCACGUGUAUUGAAUAGGUAAACCUCAAAAUGAAAACCUCUUCACUUUAAAAACAAAUACCAAAGUUAAGGGAUUGAACCAUUAAGUAUUCUUUUCUUAAACUUCAUGAUGAAAAGGAAACAGUUAUUAGGAGGCAAAACAUGAUCACAAGAGCACAGAGCAAUAGUAAUUGAUUUUAAUUUGGACUUUUGGGGGUUUGCUUGCUGGGUUGUAAUUUUUUAUAAUCCUUGAAAAAACAGUUUGAAUUUAAUUUUCCUAUUACAACAGAUGCUUGUGAUGAUUUUAAGGUAUUUUAAAGAAUAAUCAAAGACUUAGAUGUUUUAAGAGAAAAAUAUUAUUUUAUGUAAUAACCAGAAAAGCUGAAAUUAAGAUAAAUGUUGAAGCAAUUUAAAAAUGAUCUUGUUCUAUGUCUAAAUAUUAAACUUGCGUUUAACACCUAUAAAUGUUUGGAAAUGUAAUAGUGUGCUAGGAAAAUAAACUCAUUUUGAAAGACGUGUUCAUUAUGAACCUAAAAAUGUCAUGGCCUGUGAUACAAAAUUGAGGCUCAAAACUGAAUAAGAAUAUCAGAUAUUUUUUCCUAUUAAAAGGCAGGUUAUUAAUUAUAAGUACUUUUGAAUAAUAUUCAUUCAAAUUUGCUCACUUUUAAAGAGAUUUAUUAAGUGUGUAGGUUAAAAUUACUUUUUAAGCUUCAGUUGCUUUGAGUGCCUUUCCUGAAUUCAAUGUAAAAGUAAAUACAGCUUUUCUGUUCCUUAAUACAGCAUUUAAAUUUCUUUGCAUUCAGUAUAAUUAAAACUGCCACCCAGGAGUUGUUGGAUGUAGCAGUACUGUGAAUAAAGUGUAUGUUCAGAUUAGGUAGGCUUCAUUAGAGAAUUUGAUGAGGGCUAUGACUGGAUUGUACAAUACAUUUUCUAUUGCAGGACUUUAAUGAGAAGUUUAAAUUAUAGUUUUAUUUUUAAAUAGGUGAAAAUUAGGGAUGAUGUUAUUAACUCAGUUUUUAAAGCUUUUUGUUCCUUUUUUUUUCUUACCAUUCUAACCCCUGUAUCAAUUUGAAAUUAUUGUCAAAAAUAAUUUACGUUGAAAUAAAUGUUUGACUUUUCAACAAA